GAAAUAAACCCUGGGCGGGGCGUCUCGGGCACGCGUGCCGCGGGGCAUGCUGGGAAAGAAAAUAAAGGGCGUCUCGUGACGCAUUUCCCGUGGAGUCGGUGCGCGGGAGGUUUGAGCGCGGGACCCGUAGCUGGUUUCCAUGGUGCUCGCGGCACAAAGAAGCUUGUGGUGGCCAAACCCCUAGUGCCUUUGUGGCGUAAUUCCAUGGGGCCAGUACCUACCACGAAGAUCCUUCAUUCCACACCAAGCUCUCUUGCCGUUGCCUAAGAACUAGACGUGACAAUGGAAGAGGCGACUGCUUACCUGAGAGAUGGGGUCCUAUCCCAUCUGGAAAAGCUAGAAGCUCAUGCACGGAAACUAGCACUGAAGCAAGAAGAAACUCAACGGCAGCAGGAGAAUUUGGUCAGGCUGAGAGCAAGAAUCCAGGAGCUGAGACUCCAAAGAGAUGAACUCCAGACCAAAGUGAACCUGCAGCAAGUUGCGCUCAUCAGGCAGGAAGGAACCACCGGCAGUAAGGUGGAGCCCGUCCAAGCAGUGGAGACUGGAGGGCAAGCUCUGCUAAAAUGGAAAGUGGAAAAUGUCAAGGCCAUGCUGCAAGCCUUUCAUCUGACAGGUCUUAGUGGGAAAUUGACCAAACAAGGAGUCUGUUUCUGCAUCAGCACUGCUUAUGAAGGCACCUACCUGGACUCCUACUACCUGGACCUCCUCAUACAGCAACCAGUCCAGAUUCGUCACCACUCUGUCCCCAUCUUUAUCCCCUUGGAGCAAAUAGCCAAGAAGUACUUGCAGACCAACAUCAAAUGCUUCCUGGCUUUGUUGUCUGAUCACCUGAAUGCUUAUGCUGGAAGGAAAUACCAGGCAGAUCAGUUACAGGACCAUUAUUCAGCCUUUCUCAAAGGAACCUUGCAGAGAAACUCGUUGCAUAAUGUACUGUUCUUUAAUUAUGAUGUGGAAACAGAAAGCAAGACCUUUCCAUUCAGAGCAAAGCUGGUUUAUGGCGAUCUCACCCGUAGUCUUCCAACUGAGGCCACUAUUACAUGUAAAGCAGGAGAUGUUUCUGACUCUCUGGUGGAGAAGACAGCAGCUCAUUCAAACUUGUUCCGCCACACGGCUCUGCACAAAGCCUUCGAUUCCUUCAAAAGAGCAGCAGAAAGUCUGGAUCAAACAGCGUAAGCAGACGGCGUCCUGUUCCCAGAUCAAAUGCGCUUACUGUGCCUUCUGAUCGCUGCAAAGCUCCCUGGGAGGUUGCUGCUGUGUAAAUGCUUUUUAGACUGGACUGCAGCAGAGUUUCGGGAAGAUGCCUGCGGAAUAGCUAAACCAGUUCAUAGUACUGAGAACACUGGCUUCUUGAGCAGCCUUUAGAUGCCUGGUCUCCGCAUAUCCUUCUAGAGCUCCUCUCCUCCGGCGUGUUGCUAAAGGGUUGCUGUCAGACUAACAUAGUUACUACCAUGGCUCCAUAAUACUUCACCAGACUGGACAGCAGACAGACACAGGAAAUCCAUCUCUCCACUGGAAUGGGAAACCAAAAAGACUUUCAGAGUUGUCAGGUAAACUUUACAAAAGUCUAACAAAACGUAGCCCUAGUGAAAGCUGUCAGGGAAGCGGUCCUGGGGUCUACAGUCUUCCCUGUAUCCCUCCACCGCUGGUAUCAAAUGGUGUGGAGUUGGUGUAAGCUUCCUCUAGGUUGCUUUGCAAAUGGCAUGGUUGGUUCUAGGCCUCAUGCUGCUGAGAUUAUCAACGAAGUCUCCAAUUCUGCAACUGGCUUCAUGCAGGACAACCUCCAUGACCUCCGUAGGGCUCUGUACAGGUGCAGUGUUCCUGCUGCAUAGGUCAGGCUUAUGUUAGCAGUUAGUGCUGACUGUGGUAGUGGAUUCUGUGACAAGCCACUUACCCUUUGUGAGAUGGACUAUGGGCUUGACUACACUGUGCAUUGGUACGCACCAAAGUAAACUUUAGUGUGCACUAGAAUUUACACCCCUCUGGUGUGGACUAAACCACUGUGUAGACAAGCUUGAAGAUCCUCCAAGAUGGAUACUAAACCACCAUCCUGUAAUAACGUUUGGUUACUUCCAGCAUCAACUAAAUUUAAAUCAAGUGUGCACACUUUGGUGUUAAUAUAACUGUGGUUAAAUCACCAAUGCAUUCAUUUAAAAAAAAAAAAAAAAAAACCUUCAGAAAAAAAUUACAACU